AUGACUAGAUGUUGUCAUGUAUCGUUUAUUUUCUUUGUAUUUUUUAAUGUCGUAUUUUCUGCAAACAUUAUUUGUGAAGUGGGGUAUUAUGUUUCGGAUUCCAGUUGUUUUUCGUGUAAAGCUGGAUAUUACUGUCCAGAUGGAAUUAAUAAGUAUCCUUGCCAAAAAGGUUAUUACUCGAACAAUCGGGCCGUAAGCUGUACGCUAUGCUCCGAUGGACAAUACGCACCAAAAACCAAUUCUUCGAAUUGUAUCACUUGCGAAGCCGGGACGUAUUCUAAUGGGGACAAAAAAGAAUUUUGCACCAAAUGCUCUGCUGGUACUUAUUCGUAUUUGGGGUCAUCCAAAUGUAGUAAUUGUAUUGCUGGAACUUAUUCCUCAUUGGGAGCUUCAAUUUGUACAACAUGUUUAAGUGGUUAUUAUUCAUUGGAUGGUGCUUCUGUGUGUUAUUAUUCAGCUGGUGGUACUAUUUCGUGUACAAAAUGUGGUGUUUAUCAAUAUUCUUUAAUUGGAAGUGGUUCUUGUACUCAAUGCAAUUCGACUUGCAAAACAUGUGAUAACACAAAUGGAAACUGUUCGACAUGUUACACAAAUUCUUAUGUUUCAAAUGGUGUUUGUAUGAGUUGUCCCGCUGGUCAUUAUUUCUACUUAAAUGAAUGCUUAGAUUGCCCAGACAAUACUUAUUCUUCAGCCAACAGUUCUACUUGUUUAAAUUGUAUUUCAUGUGUUGCUUGUGACAGAACAAAUGGGCAUUGCACUUUGUGUGGUAAGGGGCAGUAUAUAAAUAACACCAUUUGCUCCAAUUGUCCUUCUGGUACGAAUGGAGAUGGCACCCAAUGUAUUCCUUGCCAAACAGGAACAUAUUCAAGUUCUUCUGGAAGUGAUAGUUGUACAAAUUGUAGUGAGGGUUAUUAUUCAGAUACAAUUUUUUCAACUACAUGUAAAAAAUGCAGCAAUUAUUGCAAAUCAUGUGAAAUAAAAAAUGGGUUCUGCUCUUUAUGUGUGGCUGGGUGUGUUUUAUCUGGAAAUUACUGUUAUCCAUGUGAGGCUGGAACACUGGCAAUUCAACUUACAAACAAAUGUAAUGUCUGUCCAGCAGGAACUUAUUCAUUUAUGCAAUCAACAACUUGUUCAAUGUGCCAAACAAAUACAUAUUCACAUGAAGGAUCAUCUCAGUGUUUACAAUGCAAUGAAAAUUGUCAGACAUGUGACAAAACAAAUGGAAACUGCAUUACUUGUAUUUCUGGGUAUGGAUUAGACAAGAAGUUUAAUUGUAGCAUCUGUCCAACCGGAACUUAUGCAAAUUCAACAAACAAUAAAUGCCAACAAUGUGACAUUAAUACGUACCAAUCAAAAGAAGGACAAACAUUUUGCAAUACAUGUGAUAUCAAUUGUGAAACAUGUGAUAUUAUAAGUGGUAAAUGCUUAACGUGUUACGCUGGAUAUGGAUUUGGUCAUAAUGGAAAUUGUGAAAUUUGUGGUGAUAAUAAUUAUUCACUUGGUGGAACUUUAUCAUGUUUAGCCUGUCCAAGUGAGUGUACAAACUGUUGUAGAGAGAGUGGGGAGUGCACAUCAUGUCGGUCUGGGUUUAAGCAAAUAAUAAACCAAACCACCGGAAAUGAAGAGUGUGUCUCAUGUUCAUUAAAUAAUAAUUGUUCUUCAUGUGAUUUGAAUGUAAAUGAAACUGAGAGAAACUGUAUUGAGUGUGUAAGUGGGUAUUACUUGGAAGAUAACAAGUGCAAAGAGUGUUCACAAAUAACAAAUUGUGUACAGUGCUCAUUUAAAAACAAAGAUUGUUUGGCAUGUUCAAAUGACUUAGUUACAACUGGUGAUGGGUGUAUUUCAUGUGAAGAAGGCAAAGUGAAAGUCACUUCCAAUAUGUGUAUAAAUUGUUUUGAAUUGAUUCAAAAUUGCCAACUAUGUAAAUAUAACAACGGGAUACAAACAUGUUCAAAAUGUUUUGCGCCGUAUGUUAUAAAUGAUAUGACAUCUGAGUGUGUUUUUGCAUAUUCAAACACAACACAUUAUAAUUAUGAAGAAUCGAAAGAAGAUGUUAAUGAUGUUGGCUGUCUGCAUCAAGUAAAUUCCUCGUGUUUUAUGUGUGAUGAAGAUCACAUUUUAGUCAAUAAAGAAUGCAUUGAAAAACAAGAUGAAAAUUGCUUUGAUUAUUCAAUGAAAACAUGUGAUAACUGUACCAAGAACAUUAUUACAACAAACGGAAAUUGUUUAAUUGAAAACGUGUGCAAAUACCAACUUAGUCAAUACAACCAGACUAUUUGUAUGAUAUACAAUAAUGACACGCAAGAAGGCAUCAAAGUUGACAAUUGCAGAUAUACACAAAACGAGUUUUGUUAUUUGGCGGAUGAUGGAUAUUACACAACAUUAAAAAACAAUGGAUUAACUGCAAAUUGUGACAAUGCAAAGAUUUGUCAAAAUGUUAAUAAUAAUACAGUCGACAUAUCAUGUAAAAGUGACUUUGUAAUAACAUCAAAAUUUUUGUGUUCACUAGACACAAAUUGUGUUAAUUAUAAUGGAAGUGUGUGUAUUGAGUGUAACUUAAAUUAUCACAUUGUAAAUGCUGGAUGUGUUUCCAAUAACAAAGAGUGCGUGAUUCAAAACAAAGAGAUUUGCAUUGUGUGUGAAAACAAAAGUACAGUUGAUGGAAAAUGUGUUUCAACAGAUUCAAUUAAUUGUAAAGAAUUUGUUGGAAAUGUAUGUAAACAAUGCGAAGACGAUCAUUACAAAGACACGACUGGGUGUUUGCCAAUAGAAGAGAAAUAUUUAGAUUGCGAGCAUGUGAAUGUUGUGUCAUCGUCUUGUUUAGAGUGUAACAAAUCCUUUGUUCUUGUCGACAAUUCACGUGUUGAAAACGAUAUAAACAAAAACACAAACAAUAUACAAUUAAUAAGUGAAACUACAACUAACAACUGCAUACUGAAGAGUUCAAAGGGGUGUUUGCGAUGUAGUGAUGGGUAUUACAUAUUUAACUCACUUUGUGUAAAAUGUGAAUACCCAUGCAAACAUUGUUCCAAUUUGACGUAUUGCACAAAGUGUGAUGCGUACUCGUACAGCAAGAAUGGCAAGUGUUUUGAAUACAAUGAGUUAUUAAAUGUGUGUGAUGUGAUGAUGUCGACAUACGAAGGGUGUGUUGCUUGCAAAGACGGGUACAUGCGAUCUUCUGAUGGCAAACAAUGUGUUGGUUGUGACACGUCAUGUGCGACGUGUUCCAAUGAUGGUGAUUGUGUUAUUUGCAGUGAUGGAUAUUACAGAACACCAAAUAACAACACAAAGCUGUGUAACACACAGACAGACUUGAACAACUGUUUGAACAAGACGACGAGUGGGUGUACAUUGUGUGAAGAUGGUUUUGCACUGAAAGACAAUUUGUGUAACAAAUGUGGUAAAAACUGCACAUUAUGUGAUGCCACUUUUGAGUGUUCAAAAUGUGGUGAUAACAACAUUCUGAAAGACGGCGUGUGUGUUCACUUCUCACAAAUACCAAACUGCAUCUCAUCACAGAACUCUCUUUGUUGGGAGUGUGCAGAUGGCUACAAGUUGAGUGCUGACAAAAUCGAGUGUUUUGCAAACACGAAUUAUGGUGUGGUUGUUGGUCUUUCAGUAGUAUGUGUUGUUGUGUUAGUUGUUAUAAUUAUAGCAACAAUAACAAGUGUUGUUUUGUUUUUGUUGAAAAAGAAAGACAACAAACACACAGAAGACAUCUGUGUUUUCAAGAUGAGUCGCUCUAAUAUCAUGAUGACUAAACUAGAUGGCGACAUUCUAUCAAACAAAAAUGAAAUUUCAUUUGGUGAUGAAAGUGACAAAAUUCACAUCGAGAAUGAAAGUCGUGAAUUGUUGUGUGUUGGAAACUCGUCAAAAGGAAAUGUGAAAAUCCAAAUCACAACAAAAGACAAAUGCGACAAAUACACAAUUCGCACAGAACCACAAAUAGUGACUUUAAAAAGCGGAUUUGCAUGUGAAUUUGAAGUCUUUUUAACACCACUUUGCACUAUGGAUUUGAGUGAUGAAGUUAUGAUCGUCUCACUUGAUUUAAAUAGUGGUAAACAAAACACGACUUUGAUGAACAUCAAAGCACUGGUGGAGCAAUCAACACGUUUGGAUUACGACGAAAUUAAAACUGAAAAAAAAUCGGCGAAGGGUCAUUUGGUAUUGUCUACAAAGGAACUUAUAGAGGAAAUGUUGUUGCAAUAA